AUAGUCUUGGUGAUCACUGAUUACUUUUUGUUAUUUCAAAAUUUUUGUAGACACUGUAAUGGUACUAGAAUCUCUCGCUACAGUAUCUCCGGCCAAGAAAUGGCUAGGAUUUGUAACUGCAAUCUGGAUACAGGCAAUUGCUGGCAACAACUAUACAUUUUCAAACUAUUCCGGUGCUCUCAAGUCCCUCAUGGUUCUUACUCAGCUGCAACUCAACAAUCUCUCUGUUGCUAAAGAUGUAGGGAAGGCAUUUGGAAUUCUUUCUGGUCUGGCUUCUGAUCGCUUUCCCACUUCAGUAAUACUUAUGAUUGGAGCAGUAGAAGGGCUUAUCGGAUAUGGUGUCCAAUGGCUUGUCGUUAGCCAGCAUAUCAGUCCACUUCCUUAUUGGCAGAUGUCUAUAUUUCUUUGCUUGGGAGGAAAUAGCACCACAUGGAUGAACACAGCAGUUCUAGUGACUUGUAUGAGAAACUUCAAGAAUAACCAAGGUCCGGUCUCUGGCAUCCUCAAAGGCUAUUUAGGCCUCAGCACCGCUAUAUUCACUGAUUUAUCAACAGCCCUUUUCUCGUCGAGUCCAUCCUCUUUCUUGCUAUCCCUAGCAAUCAUCCCAGUCAUCAUUUGUGUUGCAGCUGCAUUGUUUCUUCAAGAAGUGCCGCCCAGCUCAAUUGAAAAAAAGCAACAGCCACUUAUAUUUAAAAUCCUUAACAUUCUUGCUUUUACAGUAGCCUUUUAUCUGUUAGCCUUUGAUGUCACAGGCAAACAUGGCCCGAAUAUAUCUUCACUAUUUGCCAUUGGUUUACUUGUUCUGCUGGUUGCACCUCUGAUUGUUCCUGCAUACUUCUUAUUAGCCCAACCAAGCUUUACUUCCGAUGUUGAAGGUACCAUUAGUGAACCAUUGAUCAUUCAGAACGAAGCAAAGAACGUUAGUAUUAUGGAGGACAUGGCUAAGGUCAAGGAAAAGCCUCUGAUUGGGGAGGAUCAUACUAUUUUUGAGGCAUUGAAGACAUUUGAUUUCUGGGUACUAUUUUUGUCAUUUCUUUGCGGGGUUGGGACAGGAAUGUGUGUGAUCAACAAUUUGGGACAAAUGGGAGGAGCACUUGGUUAUGCAGACGUAUCCAUUUUUGUGUCGCUCACAAGCAUCUGGGGAUUCUUUGGCCGCAUUAUCUCAGGCAUGGCUUCUGAACAUUGUAUCAGGAAAUAUUCAACUCCGAGGCCAUUCUGGAACGCGGCCUCUCAAAUCCUAAUGGUCACCGGAUACAUUUGCAUGGCUCUUGCAUUUCCAGGCUCCCUUUACAUGGGAUCAAUUGUGGUAGGAAUCUGCUACGGAGUUCGUUUAGCUGUCACAGUUCCAGUAGCAUCUGAAUUAUUCGGACUAAAACAUUUCGGCCUAAUGUACAAUGUGCUUAUCCUUAAUCUUCCAUUAGGCUCAUUUCUGUUUUCCGGGCUGCUAGCUGGUUAUGUUUAUGAUUCAGAGGCCACUGAGUCAUCCCAAGGUGGUAAUACCUGCAGUGGAUCACAUUGCUAUAGGCUUGUUUUCGUGGUUAUGGCCUUUGCUUGCAUUGUAGGAUUGUCACUGGACAUGAUACUAGCAGUGAGAACAAGAAAGCUCUAUUUAAAGAUCCACCAGAACAUGAAAUCUAGUACAGAUGCUGCACUAAGUUGAACCUGUAGUAAAACAGUCAAUGAGCCUAUUCUUCCUCUUCUCUCUUUAGCUUGCAUAGCCUUUUUUUUUUGGGCCAAGUUUUUUCCGUAUAAAGUUAAGUUGAAUAUUCUUAAAUAAACUAAAUUAUUCUAACCUCGUUUUGGUUAAAAUAAAUAUUCUUUCGGUUAAAUUUUGCAUUUUAUUGAAUCAAUUUGAAUAGGAACUCGUCAAAAAAGUACAUAAAUUUCUAAAUAACUUAAUAUAACUAAUACUCUUUCCGUCCAACCAAUUCUUUACGGUUUCCUUUUUAAGCCGUCCCACUCAUUUCUUUACAUUAUAAAACUUUCCUAAAAUAGUUAAUGGGUCCCACCACUUCACCCACUUUUCACUCUCUUUUCCACUACAUUAUACAUAUUUCUCAACCUCCAUGUCCAAAUCUAAUGUAAAGAAUUGGGUGGGAUGGAGGGAGCA